AUGUCUGGCGAAGAUGCAACCCGUCGCUUCACAAGAGCGAUGCACCAGGUCUAUGGCGACUUUGACAAAGACGCUGAUACUUGGACCCCUCCCGAUAACCCGGGCGCUGGCGGUCAUAAAGGGCGAUACCUUUGGACAGAUGCUUUCGGAGUCGUCAACUUCAUCACGCUCUAUGAAGAGACGACGGACAACAGGUAUCUCACUCUGGCCAAGCGCCUUGUUCAGACGGUCCACGAUGUCUUGGGCCGCACGAGGGACGGAAUAUCUCGUCUACCGGGCGCAACCGAUGAAGAACCACUGAGAGGUGGCUUGAGAAUUGGGAAAGAGCGUGCGACUGGGAGCGAUGGAGAUGGACAGUACCAUCACUAUCUGACUCUUUGGAUGUUUGCUCUCAAUCGUCUUUCCUGGGCUACUCAGGACUCCUCUUUCAACGACUUAGCUAUCCAACUCGCCAAAUCCAUCCAUUCAAGGUUCUGCUUCCAUUCUGCAGGUGGACUCAAAAUGGUCUGGAAGGUCUCCGUGGACAUGGACAAGGUCCUCGUUCCCACCGAGGGGCAUCUCGACGCCGCGACCGGGUUUGUGGUCUACAGAAUGCUCCAAGAGACAGCAGUACAACAGGGUCGGAAGGACCAGCUUCUGAAGCAGGAAAUCAGCGACUACGAGAAAGUCAUGCAGCAAAGAGGCUCAAUGUAUCCUAGUGGUGAUCCAUUAGAUCUUGGUAUGGGGCUAUGGAUCUGCCACUUCUAUCCUCACGAGGAGUGGUCGCAGACAUUUACUCGACAAGCGAUGGAUCUAGUCGACGACCUCUUUGAUGGUAAAUCCACGGAUAUGAGCGGUAAAGCUUCCAAGAGACUGGCUUUCAGAGAGUUUGGCGCCUGUUUGGGAGUCCAGUGCAUUGAGCCUGAUGAGCCAUUGAAGGAACAGGUCAGUACGCUGAUCGACUUUUGGGAAGAGCAUAUCCACCAGCAUGAUGGAGAUGGCUUGAAGCCAAUUUCUCAAGUCAUGUAUGCGGCGUCAAUCAUCCCUGGAGCAUUUCGGGGAGGCUUCAUUGCUGGUAGCGAGCCAUAA